AUGACAGCAGAGGCGAACUCGUGGUUCACAAGCCUUCCCCCAAAUUCUAUCGCUACAUGGGCCGAGAUGAAAAAGCUAUUUCUGGAGCAUUUUUUUCCUCCCACCAAGAUGAAUGCGCUAAAGAAGGAAAUUAGUGGAGCGAAACAGGAGUAUGAUGAGUCAUUAAGCAUGUAUUGGACCAGGUUCCAGAGAUUGGUGGACAGUUGUCCAAACCACAAAUUUUCUCAGGGGGACCUUUUGCAGUAUUUCUAUCAGGGGAUGAUGGUAGACACUAAGAAUUUGGUGAAUUCAGCGAGUGGAGGUGGAUUUUUCCAAAACACGGUGAGUGAAGCCAAAAGGAUAUGUUCGAAGAGAAUGCUAAGUACUGUGGUGGAGAAAGUCGCAACUGCUGGACAACCGACAGAAAAGUCAUGUGGAGCGUGUGAUAAUUUUGGCCACACAAGUUUGCAGUGCACCGGGGGCGACGAAGAUUAUCAAGCCCAAGUAAAUUCUUCUCACAAUUUUUACAGCUGCACUGAUCCACUGCCCCCUUUGCCCAAACGGGACCCCUACUCGAAUAAUCACAAUGCACCAUGGAGAAAUCAUCCUAACUUUCGUUGGAGGGAUCCGGACCAGAGGCAACCGCAGCAGCAAAAUUAUCGUCCUCGACAUCAAAGGACAGCUCCGCAGCAAGCACAAGCACCUCCUCCGCCCGCCCAAGAAAAACAAGGCAAAACACUUGAGGAUAUGAUGGCAGAAUUGAUUGGUAAUCAACAAUUUUUGCAAGGUAAUGUGCAACAGCUCCAACAAUCUCAUGCCGAGUAUAAAGUACAGAUGGAAGGGUUGGCACGGCAAAUUUCUCAGCUCUCAAUGUCCGUGAAUCAACUCAAGGGCAACCAAGGAGUAUUACCAUCCCAAGUUAUCAUAAACCCAAAGGAGAAUUGUAACACCCCAAACAUUUAG